UCAGAAAAAAAAAAAGUAUUACCAUUUCACGGGAUCGGUUCGUCUGCACGAAGGGUUCGCGCUUGGAAUCCGUUGUCUGCGAUAUUGUGAAGCUUUAUCGACGAUGUCGUCUCCCGGAGUGUCUAAGCAAAGGGUUGAAAUUUUAAACAAGUAUGGAGAGAAACUUGUUGGCGUGUUGCAUUCAACAGGUUCCAAGAAUCUGGUGAUUUUAUGCCAUGGAUUCCGCUCCACGAAGGAUGAGAAACUGUUACUUAACCUCAUUGCUGCAUUAACAAAAGAAGGCAUGAGUGCCUUCCACUUUGAUUUUUCUGGAAAUGGGGAAAGUGAAGGUGAGUUUCAAUAUGGAAACUAUCGCAAGGAAGCUGAUGACUUGCGUGCUGUGGUGCUAAAUCUUUCGGAGAAAAAAUUCAAAAUCUGUGCUAUUAGCGGGCAUAGUAAAGAUGCCUUAUUUUUAGUGGAGACGUGGGAAUGGAAUUUCAGCGACCGGGACUUGCUGUUUUCUCGUCCUGUGGCUGUGGAGGAUAACCUCAAUGUCGGAGGAGGUGUUCAAGAUGGAGCCGGAGUCUUCGAGACUGGCGCGGAGGGAGGAGUAGUUGACGAGAUUGCCGUUGUGGGCGACGGCAAGUUGGCCGAAGCGGUAGCCUGCGAGGAAGGGCUGGACGUUGGCGAGGGAGGAGGCGGAACCGGCGGUGGAGUAGCGAACGUGGCAGAUGGUUGGGUCGUCGGGCCACGCGGUAAAGAGUAA